CCUCAUCCUCCAUCUCUCCACCUGCUCCAAAAUUUCUCUUCUUCCUUCUCGGACUCCCCCGAAUCUUCCGAUCCAAGAUGUCCUGCACCGCCCUGGAGACGGCUCUGAAUGUUGUAGUGAAGAACUACCACCAGUUUUCCCGGAAGGACGAGGACAGUGACAGGCUGAGUAAGCAGGAAUUCCUGGCCCUGCUCAAGGAGAGCUACCCCAAGUUCUUGGAAGGCUGUAACCGGAAAAAUCCAGAGUACCUGGAUAAACUGUUCAAGAGCACCGACCAGAACCAAGACAACGCGGUGAACUUCAUCGAGUUCGCCGGCCUCCUGGCUGUGAUCUCCAACGACUACCACGACCAAUUCCACGGCUACGCCCGCUGCACCAAGAAGACGUGCGACGAUGAGUAGAAAUGAGCCGGAGGAGUAGAGGGCAUCCCACUUCCCCUGGGCCCCCUCCCUAACGCCCCAUCGUCUCGCUA